CAGGGUUGAUACUGUGAAAUGGAGAGAAAAUAAAAAUGGGGUUUACUCCUGUUGUCUCUGCCUGCUCAAGGUAGGUCUGCUCUGGUUUGGAAGGAGUGGCACUAGGUUGUAGUGCAGCCCAUACACGGAGGGCCUGUAUAUGUCUGACUGCUUGGGAAUGAAUCUCAGCUGCAGCAUGAGCAGCUUCUUCCAGGUCUUCUGAGCUGAGCCAGCAGGGAGCCUUACUGCUUAUUUAUUUACUUAUUUACAGCUUUAAAUAGUUCAUGGUUGAGUGGGGCAAAAAGAAAUGUGUUCUGGUUGCUGCUUCUCUGAUUGGCAAACAGAAAGUGCCCAGCUUGGGAUCAUGGGAUUUGGGCUCUUUGUUGGUGUUUAGCAAACCUUUACAGUCUUGGGAGAACACAUAUAAAUCCUGUAGUUUUGCCUUUCUAAGCAGAAAUUAUUCUUGAUCCCCUGAAGUCCCACUGGGGAACAUAUUCACUCUCAAAUGUCCUCUUGAAGGAAGCAGGAUCUCAGCUGGUAAUUCCCUGCAGAUAGUGAAUGAAUUUGCAGAUUUGUGGAGGGGCUGCUAGUUUGAGAUGGAGGGGAAGCCCCAAGCCUGGCUAAAUAUAGUUCAUGUAUCAAUAGUCCUUUUGAGCUGUCCUCUCAUGUGCAGUUCUUCUGUGAUUGGGGACAGGGCCUGAUACAGCUUCAAAGUGUCUGUCUAAGAGGUGCUUGGAUUUUUCAAGAGAUGAUAGAGUGUUUCCUAAAGUUCUCUUAAUGACCCAUUCCAACAGGGCUCUGACAUGAUGACCCACCAGCCUGGGAGGGACAGUCUUCUGCUGGGACAUGGUUUGGAGGAAGCACGAGGCUCUUGGAUAGGAGAAUUGUGCUUCUUUGAGUGGGAGUUUGGCCAUCUCUGUGCUUUUGGAUUUUCCCCUUGUCUUUUAUAGCUUAGUCCUGUCCAGAGAGACUGCUGGGGUAUUUUCUUCAUGAACUGAGAUUGAGGAGUAUUUUCUCGCUGAGCCAACUCCUUCCUUCCUUCAGGGUUGCUGUCUGCUCUCUCUGGGCAAGAGCUCUACCAUCAUGUCAGUCAGCGUCCACGAGAACCGUAAAUCCCGGACUAGCACGGGCUCCAUGAACAUCUUGCUUUUUCACAAAGCUUCCCACCCGGACUGUGUCCUGUCCCACCUGAACACCCUGCGGAAGCACUGCAUGUUCACCGAUGUCACUCUUUGGGCAGGAAACAGGUCGUUCCCGUGCCACCGGGCAGUGCUGGCUGCCUCCAGCAGGUACUUCGAGGCCAUGUUUAGCAACGGCCUCCGGGAGAGCCUGGAUGAUGAGGUGAACUUCCAUGACAGCCUCCACCCAGAGGUGCUGGAGCUACUGCUGGACUUUGCCUACUCCUCUCGGAUCAUUAUCAAUGAGGAAAACGCUGAGUCCCUCCUGGAAGCUGGAGACAUGCUGCAGUUCCAUGAUGUCCGAGAUGCAGCGGCCGAGUUCCUGGAGAAGAACCUUUACCCUUCCAACUGCCUGGGCAUGAUGCUGCUCUCGGAUGCUCAUCAGUGCCGACGGCUCUAUGAGCUCUCCUGGAGGAUGUGCCUGGUCAACUUUGAGACUGUUCACAAGAGUGAGGACUUCAACAACCUUUCCAAGGACACUUUGCUGGACCUCAUCUCCAGCGAUGAGCUGGAAAUUGAGGAUGAAGAAAAAGUCUUUAAGGCUGUCAUCCAGUGGGUGAAAUACGAUCUGGAUGAGCGGAAGGCUUAUCUCCCAGAGCUUCUGAGGAAUGUUCGUCUGGCUUUGCUUCCUUCUGAAUGCCUCAAGGAAGCUUUGGCUUGUGAGGACUUGAUCAUGGUGGAUGAAAGGAACAAGAUUGUCUUGGAUGAAGCUAUUCAAUGCAAGAAGAAGAUCCUCCAGAAUGAUGGAGUCGUCACCAGUCCCUGUGCCAGGCCUCGCAAAGCUGGGCACACCUUGCUGAUCCUGGGAGGACAGACCUUCAUGUGUGAUAAGAUUUACCAAGUAGACCACAAAGCAAAGGAAAUUAUCCCCAAAGCAGACCUGCCGAGUCCACGGAAGGAGUUUAGUGCCUGUGCCAUUGGCUGCAAAGUAUAUAUCACUGGAGGCAGAGGCUCAGAGAAUGGGGUCUCAAAAGAUGUGUGGGUGUAUGACACUGUUCAUGAGGAAUGGUCCAAAGCUGCCCCAAUGUUAAUCGCUCGGUUUGGACAUGGCUCGGCCGAAUUGGAAAACUGCCUGUAUGUGGUUGGUGGACACACUGCAGUGGCUGGAGUCUUUCCCGCAUCUCCUUCUGUUUCCUUGAAGCAAGUGGAGAAGUACGAUCCCAUAUCCAACAAAUGGACAAUGGUGGCUCCUUUGAGAGAUGGAGUGAGCAACGCCGCGGUGGUGAGCGCCAGGCUCAAGCUUUUCGUCUUUGGUGGGACCAGCAUUCACCGGGACAUGGUGUCCAAAGUCCAGUGUUACGAUCCAGCUGAGAAUCGAUGGAUGAUCAAAGCCGAAUGCCCACAGCCCUGGCGCUACACGGCAGCCGCUGUCCUGGGCAGCCAGAUUUUCAUCAUGGGAGGGGACACAGAGUUCACGGCAGCGUCCGCGUACCGCUUUGACUGCGAGACGGACCAGUGGACACGCAUCGGGGACAUGACGGCCAAGCGCAUGUCGUGCCACGCUUUGGCCUCAGGGAAUAAACUGUAUGUGGUAGGGGGUUACUUUGGCACUCAGAGGUGCAAAACGCUGGACUGCUACGACCCUACAUCAGACACGUGGAACUGUAUCACAACGGUGCCUUACUCGCUCAUCCCCACAGCUUUUGUCAGCACCUGGAAGCAUUUGCCGUCAUGAGGAGGGGCAAGGCUCGGGGGGCUUGUAUCCAGGAGGUCAAUAAGAUGCCAGAGUCACAUCCAUGUCCCCUCUCGUGCAGUUGGAGCUGACAGCACUGUGACUGAGUCCCCUCCUGUCGUCCCACCCAGGACUCCGAGGCAACUUCCACGUCCCUUCCCGGCACCAGGAGUGGGAGGCACAGCCAGACUCUACGCUGGCAUCACAUCACGGGGCCACCAAGAGCCACUCGGCCCCACCACUGGCCAUCAGGCAGGGAUGGCACAGAGCCAGGAGCACUGGCUGCAAGGCAGGGACUGGGCACGAGGGGCACAGGGAUGGCUUGUGGGCACCAGUGGGCCACCAGCACCAGAGAGAUGGAGGCUGCAUCCCUUGGCAAGCACUGCUGGGCAGCCCUUAUGUGCUUUUUGUUACUCAGUUGGGGGGUUAGGAGAUACUAAUUUUUUUUUUAAAGGCGGCAAACUUGCUAUUGUCAAUGCUUGCUGCUUGGGUGACUUGGAAGUGUUUGUUAAGGGGAAUGGGGUGAGAACACCUGGCCCUCCCCAUCCUCUGGCCGCUCAACGGAGGCGAUGGCUGUAGAAACAUUAAAGUGUGGGAGCUUGGGGUGGCUGCCAGCAGCACCAGGUACUGUGGUGAAACAAGGCAGGUGCUUUUUGUUUUGCACUUUGGGCCUUUUAAAUUUUUUUUUUCCCACUUUCCUCGCUGCAGCCGGUUGUGAUUUGGUUGGAGGCUGAGUAGCUCCCCACACACAGCUGCUGGGAAGAGCACAGCAGCUCUGUUAGUGUGCCAAGGCACCGGCACCACUGCUCAGAUAUUCACCAGAUAAAGCCCACUGUGUGCUCAGAGCCGGUCUGCUGAGCUUCCCUCCGCGUGGGUGAGGGUGUAAUUAGCACAGGAGCAGAAACAGGGCUGCAGCUCGUGCCUUGGGAGGGGGCAUCUUGCCACCAGCGAGGCCUCAGAGGGAGAGCAAGUGGAUUAGGGGAGCAUGGCAGGGUGAGCAGGGGAGGGAUCCCCCUUAUUCCCACGGCACCCCACAUCCUGGCUUCACCUUGCAGAGAUGUGAGUGUUUCUGACUGCAUACUGCCUGCUCCUGGUUGGACUGAGGCUGCCCCAGGUUAUCCACACAUGCUGGCUGCUGACUGUGUUUGGGAUUAUGCAUUCAAGAGCUGUCAGCUCAAGUUGCUCCUCACUCAUGCUGUGAAGGAGGGCACAUGGAUUUGGGAUGUCAAGACAGGGAUGCAGCUCCUGCCUGGCCUCUAUAGGGCUGGCCACUGCCAAGGACUGGUCCUGCACCAACCCAGCAUCCCACUUCCCUGCACAGCAGAUCCGCAGAUGCUCCAGGCUUGCCUUUUGCCCCUGGAUUAGGCUGAGCUGUAGCCUGGCCAGCUGAAUGAUGCAAUGCUCUGAAAAGCCUUGACACAGCUUCAAACAACAAAGGUCUUUUCGGAGCAGCGGGUGCCCAUUGCUGCCGGGGAGAACACACGUUUUGCACAGCCAGUCUGCGACGCGCUGAAUGACGUUUAUUUACGUUUUCUAGUCUUUUUUUUUUUUUUCCCUUCAGCUGCUUGUGAACUUUAAUAAAAAUGAUGAUCU